UAUAUAAUUGAACUUCUUUUAUUUUCACUUUACUAUACACAUCUUGCUUAACCAUUUCAGAGACAUCGCCAGAAAUAUGCAGAACUCUAUGUUUAUCGAACAACAAGACCCUGAACCAUAUAAUCACAGCGGUGAUGUUCGCAAGAACUUUGUUGAUGACGACGGUCGAGAAAAAAGAACAGGCACUUGGAUCACUGCUAGUGCUCAUAUCAUAACUGCUGUGAUUGGUUCUGGAGUGCUGUCUUUGGCUUGGUCCAUAGCAAAACUCGGCUGGGUGGCUGGACCGGCCGUUCUCAUAGCUUUCUCAUUCAUCACGUAUUUUACGUCCACUUUGCUCGCCGAUUGCUACCGGUCUCCUGAUCCUGUCACCGGAAAAAGAAACUACACUUACAUGGAUGUUGUGAGAGCCAACUUAGGAGGUAGGAAAGUUCAGCUCUGUGGGCUGGCCCAGUAUGGAAAUCUCGUUGGAGUUACAAUUGGCUAUACCAUUACUGCGUCUAUCAGUAUGGUGGCCAUCAAAAGGUCAAAUUGUUUCCACAAACAUGGGCACCACGUGAAGUGUUACACAUCAAACAAUCCCUUCAUGAUUAUAUUCGCCUGCAUUCAGAUUGUUCUUAGCCAAAUUCCAAACUUCCACAAGCUGUCAUGGCUCUCAAUUAUCGCCGCCGUUAUGUCUUUUGCUUAUUCCUCCAUAGGUCUCGGCCUCUCCAUAGCCAAAGCCGCUGGUGGGUCGCACGCAAGAACAACUCUAACGGGAACCAUAAUUGGGGUAGAUGUGACAGCAUCAGAAAAGGUUUGGAGAGCAUUCCAAGCAAUUGGAGAUAUCGCCUUCGCUUAUGCCUACUCUACGGUGCUUGUCGAAAUUCAGGACACGUUGAAGUCAAGCCCACCAGAGAACAAAUCCAUGAAGAUUGCGAGCGCUAUUGGUGUCUCAACCACGACCUUGUUCUAUUUUCUCUGUGGCUGCAUUGGCUACUUAGCUUUUGGAAAUAACGCACCUGGAAAUUUCCUCACUGGUUUUGGAUUCUAUGAGCCUUUCUGGUUGAUCGAUUUAGCAAAUUUGUUCAUUGCUAUACAUCUAAUUGGUGCUUACCAGGUCUUCUGCCAACCCCUAUUCGGGUUCGUGGAGAAAUGGAGCAGCAAACGCUGGCCAGAAAGCAAGUUUAUAAACAGUGAGCAUGGUGUCAACAUUCCAUUGUUGGGUGUACAUUAUGUGAACAUGUUCAGGCUGGUGUGGAGAACAGUGUACGUUAUUGUGACAGCGGUGAUAGCCAUGAUAUUCCCCUUCUUCAAUGACUUCGUUGGCCUCAUUGGAGCAGCUUCAUUUUGGCCAUUGACGGUUUAUUUCCCCAUAGAGAUGCACAUUGCCAGGUCCAAAAUGCAGAAAUUUUCCUCCACCUGGGUAUGGCUGAAAAUACUAAGCUGGGUCUGCUUAAUAGUGUCACUUGUUGCCCUUGCUGGCUCUGUUCAAGGUCUUAUUCAAAGUCUCAAGACAUACAAGCCCUUCCAAGCUCAGCAAUGAUCAUUUAGAGUGACCUUGUGAGCCUAAUGUAAUAUUUAUAUUAUACAAAUAAUCCUCAUGCUCAGAGGACUGCGAACACAAUUUUCUGCCAAUCUCCAUUCUUCAGGAUCUUCAGUUGAGAUCUUUAAGUUUUUGCUUCUUCCACAUGUACAAAAAUGAAGAAUAAUGAUAAAUUAUUCAUGGUACUGUUACUGAUUAUUGAGAAGUAUGAUAGAAAUAAAUGCAAAAGCUUAUAUGAAAA